CCGAAGCGGCUGGGGCCGCCCGCUCCACAGGCGCCAGCGGACCUGGGAGCGGAGCAGCGCGCCCGUCUCAUCCCGCGUGUCCAGCCCAGCCGUGCCGGUGUGGGGGUCCGGAGCGGCUUCCCUGUGUCCAGCCCAGCCGUGCCGGGUGAGGGUCCGGAGCGGCUUCCCCGUGUCCAGCCCAGCCCAGCCGUGCCGGGUAAAAGGACACAGAAAAGAAGAUGGACUGGGGAACUCUGCAGGCUGUUUUGGGAGGUGUAAAUAAGCACUCCACCAGUAUCGGGAAGAUAUGGCUCACAGUCCUCUUCAUCUUCCGUAUCAUGAUCCUGGUUGUGGCUGCAGAGAGAGUCUGGGGAGAUGAACAACAAGAUUUUGUCUGCAACACGCUUCAGCCUGGCUGCAGAAAUGUUUGCUAUGAUCACUUUUUCCCCAUCUCUCACAUCAGACUCUGGGCCCUGCAGCUGAUCUUUGUCUCCACACCUGCUCUGCUGGUGGCCAUGCAUGUGGCUUACACCAGGCAUGAGAAGAAAAGGCGGUUCAGAAAUGGUGAGAAAAUUGAUAUUGAAGAGCUAAAAAAUGAAAAGAUUCACAUUCGGGGCCCCCUGUGGUGGACAUACACCAGCAGCAUCUUCUUCAGGAUCGUCUUUGAAGCCGUCUUCAUGUACGUCUUCUAUUACAUGUACGAUGGUUACCAGAUGCCCCGCCUGGUGAAGUGCGAAGCUUGGCCCUGCCCCAACACCGUGGAUUGUUUUGUGUCUCGGCCCACUGAGAAAACCACAUUUACUAUUUUCAUGCUUGCUGUGUCUGGGAUCUGCAUGAUGUUGAAUCUGGCUGAGUUGUGCUACCUAGUGAUAAAAAUUUGCAUGAAAGAAUCCAGGAAAACAACAGUUUUGAAAUAAGUCCCCAGUUUCAGGAUUUACUGGCUCCCCAUUUCCCUUAAACUUUUUUAGGUGUAACAAAACAAUAAACAAUAUUUUCACACUCAAGGAAAAGAAUAAAAAAAAUUAAUGUUCUUUUGUGUUAUAAAACUGAUAGCCUCCCUGGGAAGCCGAUUCUGAAGCAGGUUUUAAAGAUCAUAAGCUAAUUCAGUAUUCCUGCAUCUGAAAUUAGAGAGAGUAGUUUUCUGGUACCAGCUUCUCCAAGUAUGCCUGCUGCUGGGAUCCUAUUGUUGGAACAGUUAACUCUUCAAACAGUAGGAGUAGAAAGGACCAGAGAAGGCUCUAGUGCCCAGAGGAGAUCUAGUAAUCACGAAAACCCUGUGUUGGCUCAGGCAAAAUAAUAUCAAAGGUUUUUGGUUAAAAGUGGGGUAAAGGAUUGUUUUGGUGCACAUCACAUCUGGAGAGCACAAAAAUGGUGUAGAACCACAGGUACUCUGGCAGUGCAUGAUAUCAGCUUUUCUGGGCACUAGCAUGUUUUUUUCUUCUCAUCUUCUUGCCUGAGAAGUAUUUCCUUAAGGGCUGGGGGUGGCAGGUCUCAACAGCCUGUGAACACCAUUAGGUCAAUGCUGCCUCCCCACAGUCACAGAGACUACAGCAGUGGGAGGAAUGAAGUUCAUUUUCAUUCUCUAGAUCAGAUGAGAAAAAAGAUUGUCACUUCUGGGUGAGUGAAGGCAGUGCAACAGUCUUCCUCCUUCUCUUGUUCUCCCCCAACAUGUGAGAAAUCUCAGUACAGUAGACUUUACCUGAUGGAGAGACAUUUUACCACCUGUGCCUCACUCAGCUAUAUACUUUUAAAACUUUUUCUUUUUCCAAUAAAAACCAAGAAAAAAACCUUUCUUCAUUAUUUUGGUUAUCCAAAGGAAGUGCUUCAACUUGCAGCAUGAUAUCCAGUGCUCCUUUCAUUGCUCUUUUUUUUCUAUGUGGCCUGCACAGCUUUACUUCAUAAAACCUCCCUAUCUGAGGUACCUUUCAAAUGAGUUGAGCAAACCACUCCCAGUCUCUCUGACAUUCCACAUUUUGAGAUUAAAUCAACCAGAAAAUUGGCUGUUUCUCCUUAGCUUUAAUAACUGGCUUUUCCCCAAAAUGAAUGAGUGUUAUCUCAGCUUCUCUAUUUGAAUUUAUCUUUUACUGUACAUUUAAGUUUGUCACUAUUGGAGUAAACAAAGCUUCAUGAAUUAAGAGCCAUGACCCUUCACUGUGCACUGAAAGUUGAUCAUAAACAGGCUUCCCUUGCUUGUGAGCUACAUCCAGUGUUACAACUUGACUGCAGAUGGAAAUCUGUCAUCUAAGAGGGAAGCAAGAAAACCAUAAAAACACCAUCCUCAGAACCAUGAAAAAAAUAUAGGUCAUUCAUAAUGAGCUGGACUGGAAACUUGGACUAUGAAAACAUCCUUAAUUCAACUCCAAAGAACACAGUUUGGCACAUAUCAGGUUUGUGCUUGAUAGAGUUCCUGCAUUGUUCCAUGUACAAGUACAGGGAGAGCAAACUAGUCCCUCUGCUCUAGUAUUGCAUUUCUUUUUUAACAAGAUUUUAUUUUUCUCCCUGAAAUUAUAGUUAAAGCAUUUCUGUUCUGUCUGUUUUCUGUAUUGUAUGUGCUGUGUGUUACUUAUCGCAUCUAAUGAAAAAUGUUACUUAAUGUGCCAUAAUGGAAAAUGUAUGCACCAAUACUCUACUCAGUAGCCAAGGGUUAGUGUAAGGAUUUUAGCCUUCUGCUGCAGGUUGGUGUUUCCACUGGUUACACUGCCUGUUACCCUGAGGUUUCCUGAACUCAUAGUGGAAGGUCACAUAUGUGCUCCACUUGAAAUCAAAUAUGCUGCCUAAGACAGCCCUGCAGCUAGAAAAGGGCAGUGAUAAACUUAACCAUAGGGAAAGAGUUUGUUUUCUCUGCCUGCCUUCGAAUUCAGCUGGAACUUGAAAUGAGACACACCAAAACUGUUAACACUAACACUAGGAAGUUAUCUUCAACUAGUAGCUUGGCAACCAGAUUAUCAGGAAAAAAAGAAAUACAACUGGGGAAAGUGUUUGGAUGUAGCCAAGACAGGGCUUUGAUCCAGAAGUGCAGCAUCAGACAAUGAUAGCUCUGAGAUGCGUAUAUAUUUAAUUUGACUGAAUAGCUACAUUGUAUGUGAAAAAAAAAAAUCAGAUACGUUACAGGAACAUUGGAAUUGCACUUAUUUCUACAUGUGCUUCAUUGUAUAGCUGACCUUCUACAGAUGGAUUUCAUGCAGAUUAAAAUAUAUUGCUGUGUUUGAA